CCCACCAGCGUAACUGAACCUCAAGCUCCAUCUUCUCAGAUGCUACGAAACUCACUAACACAACCCUCAUUCUCUUAACUAUACAAAAGUAUAAUUAGGCUACUGGAUAAUAAUUGCAAUCUACUAGAAUUCUAGAAAAAUGUCAUAAUGAGGCUCAGUACAAGAGCUCGGAUGCACGUACCUCCAACUUUCGAGGCUUAGAGCAGCGAUACCGCCAGGCAGCAGCCUUCCGAAAUCACAUCAUUCUAUGGCAUAUAAACCCCGAAUCCUAUCUUGAUCAAAAUCCGAUCAUCUAAAUCUAUGACCUCCAUCUAACCAUCCUCAUGCGCCUCCCCUCCCCAAAAUGCCCCACAACCCCGGCCCCAGCCUUCUCCCUCUCUCCUCCACAACCUUCUCUCCCCCCAGCCCCCCGUCCACCACCCGCACCUUCUCCCUAUCCGAGCACAUCACCCCCGCCAUAUCCAAACCCCUAGUCGCGCAAUUCCCCUCCCAGCACCUCACUAUCGGAUGCGGCGCGGCGAUCUUCCACGUUGCCUCGGGUCGCGUCGUGGUGUGCUACCAUGAGCGGGAUAAGUAUUGGUUCCUGCCGAAGGGGCGGCGGGACGCGGGGGAGGAGAGUGGGCAGGCAGCGGAGCGGGAGGGGUAUGAGGAGGUGAGUAGUUAGAUGCACAGUUACACCCUCUGAUUGUUCUUGCUUUCCUGGCAUGAUGGGGCAGGUCGGUCGCUAGAACCGCGGCUUUCGAUCUGAAAGAAUCGGAUGUAUAAGGAGCACGGGAUGACUGACAGCGUGCUGCACUCCACCUUACUAACUAGAUCACAACACCAGUCCGGCUACCCCAACCGGCUCCUCCCCCUUCCCAUGGUCCACCGCCAACCCUACCCCGACGCGAUCCACACGCAAAAAGCCCGAGGCACCCUCCCCCUCGCCUCGCUCUGCGUCACCGAGCCCGCUUGGACGCAGAUG